AUGGCUUUGCACUAUAUUCCCAUCUUCUUCCUCCAAUUUUUGAGCUCGUUCUGCAAAUCAGACGAUCAGCUCACACGGGCAAAGCCACUCACCCACGGCGACACACUCAUCUCAGAGAGCCGGAACUUUGCUCUCGGCUUCUUCUCCACAACCAGCUCCAACAAGAGCUUUUACCUUGGCAUACGGUACCACGGCAUUCCUGGACCACGCACCGUCGUGUGGGUAGCCAACCGAGACAACCCAAUCAACACCCCUUCAUCUGCGAUGCUCUCCAUCACCACCAAUUCUGAUCUUGUGUUGUCCGACUCCAAAGGCCGCCAUAUUUGGAGGGCUACAAGCAGUAUCGCCCCGGGAGGGGCCGGAGCUUACGCUUUGCUAGUCAACUCGGGGAAUUUUGUCCUUCGGUUGCCAAACACCGCCGACAUAUGGCAGAGCUUUGAUCACCCGACCGACACAAUACUUCCAACAAUGCGAGAGUUAUUGAGGUACAAGGCACAAGCCAUCCGGGGGCUCGUUGCUUGGAAGGGUUCGGAUGACCCUUCCUCUGGGGACUUCACAGGCGGCGCCGACCCUAGCUCGCCGACACUUCAAAGGCUGAUUUUGCACGGGACCAUUCCAUAUCUUCGCAGCGAUGUGUUGAGUGGUGUGUCGGUGCCUGGUGGCACAUACCUAAGCAACGCCAGCUCCUUCGUGACCGAAACAGUCAUCAACCAGGGAGACGAAUCAUAUCUUUUGUUCACUGUCUCUGAUGGUUUACCGUUCACACGUUUGACGCUUGAAUACACAGGCAUGCUGAAGUGUCUAAGCUGA